UGGCAGAGUCUAAGUGGAGAAAAAAAAAAUUAACAAAAGAAUUAUUUUUUUCGUCUUUCUCUUCAUCUAUCUCUCGUCGACGAAAACAGAUGAGAAUCAAAACAUCGGCAAAUCGAAAUCUCGAGAAUCACUCAAAAAAUUCGAAUCAAUUGCAAAAACCUAUCAAUCCUUAUACCUUCUUCUUCUUCGUCAGAGCAGAUUAUUGUUUCCCCAUAGCUUCUGAAAGAGAGAUGGAUUGGGAUAGCGAGGCCUUUGUGACGCCUAUGAUUGUUUGAUUGGUAAUGGAGUCUUAGUCUAUUACCUGCGAGGCCUUUGUGAUGCUGGAUUCUUCUCAAAUCUCACCUCAUCUCUUAUAGAUUCCGAGGAUGGCGCUGAAGCGAGGGUUAUCGGGAGUUCACCGGAUUAAAGGAGGUGGUGGUGAAUCUCGAUCUGUCCUUGUGCUCCUCGUCUUUUUCUGUGUUUUCGCACCUCUUGUCUUCUUUGUUGGCCGAGGAGUAUACAUUGAUUCCUCAAACAAAUCUUCACUGAGUGACUCGGUUCUUACUAUUUUUCUUCCCCUCCAAGUACUAGAUGUCAUCACAAUUAGCACAGCUGAUUUGGGUCCUUUUAGCCUCGAUUCUUUCAAGAAAAACAAUUUGUCAGCAUCAUGGCGAGGAACCGAAAUCCUGUUACGGGAUUAUCUCUCCCAUAGACAUAGUUGAGGAACCUGACUGAGAGAUGCAGAAAUGAAAAUUACAGGCAGAAGCAAACUCAUACUUAGGCAAGGAAGAGAGAAGGUUUGCUUCUAUGUAUUACCUUUAUGAAAAUGUAUUAUGCUUUAAAAGUUAUUAAAAUAAAUUUUUACAUAAAUUAAUUUAUAAAAAAAAUAUCACCCAUCAAAAGUGUAUCUAUUGUAUGCUUAAAAACA